GCGAGACCUCUCUUCCCUUCAAUGGCUGCCCUUCUUCGCAGGAGGAAAUCACCCUCUCCCGUUCUCCAUGAUACCAUACUUCUCCCAGUUCUCUCAAAACUGAAAAUUUCUCCUCCAUACCUCUGGCAUAAUUCAAGAUGUUUGGGCAAUGUCAGCAGCUCAACAGAUUUCGAUUUGACUGACUUGACUCGUCCUCAUAUGUGGUACCCAAAUGCUCGGAGAAAGAAACGAAAUGUGUUCUUGCAUGUUGGUCCCACUAACAGUGGAAAGACACACAAUGCUUUAAAGCAACUAGAAUUGAGCUCCUCAGGGAUAUACUGUGGUCCUUUAAGACUUCUAGCAUGGGAGGUGGCUAGAAGAUUAAACAAGGCAAAUAUGGUAGGAUGUAGAACGAGAGGAUUUUCAUUUACUCGUGCAUUGUUGGGGAUUGCUUCAGAUGAACUUCAUGUUUGUGGAGAUCCUGCAGCUGUCCCUCUUAUUCAGAAGAUACUUGAAGCAACAGGCGAUGUGGUUGAGGUUCGAUAUUAUGAGAGACUUUCCCCCCUUGUUCCUCUGAAGGUUCCUUUAGGGUCAUUCUCCAACAUUCGAACAGGAGAUUGUGUUGUGGCUUUCUCACGGUAUAAUAUAUACAAGAUAAAGAGACGGAUAGAAAAUGAAAGACUGCUUCCUUGUUCUGUAGUUUAUGGUUCCUUGCCUCCAGAGACCCGAACAAAGCAGGCUACAAUGUUCAACGAUGAAGGCAAUGGAUUUGAUGUUUUGGUAGCCAGUGAUGCUAUCGGAAUGGGUCUCAAUCUCAACAUUUCAAGGCUCAUCUUCUCGACACUGGAAAAGUUUGAUGGCACCUGUAGACGUCAACUUACUAUUCCAGAAAUCAAACAGAUUGCAGGGAGGGCUGGAAGAUUUGGAUCAAAAUAUCCGGCUGGUGAGGUGACCUGCCUACAUGAAGGGGAUUUGCCUUUGCUUCACUCUUCUCUGGCAUCUCCAUCUCCUGUGUUGAAGCAAGCUGGGUUAUUUCCAACAUUUGAUCUUCUAUCACUAUACUCAAGAUUGCAUUCCACGACUUCUUUGCAUCCAAUGCUGGAGAAAUUUUUAGAGGAGGCCAAACUAUCUCCAGAUUAUUUUAUUUCUGACGCUGAAGAAAUGCUUAAAGUUGCAGCAGUAGUUGACAAAUUGCCUCUCACUUUGUACGAUAAAUACCUUUUCUGUAUGAGUCCUGUGGACAUGAACGAUGACAUUUCUGCCCAGGGAUUAAUUCAAUUUGCUGAAAAUUAUGCAAAGAAGGGUCUUGUUCGACUUCGAGAAAUAUUUACCCCUGGAUCACUUGCUGUGCCAAAAACACAUAAUGAGCUUAGGGAACUUGAAUCUGUUCAUGAGGUUUUGGAUCUCUAUGUUUGGUUAAGCUUUCGAUUGGAAGAUUCUUUUCCCGACCGAGAACUAGCUUCAUCUCAGAAAGAGAUUUGCAGCGGAUUGAUUGAAGAAUUUUUGGGGAGGUUUGUAUGGCAAAAGCCGCUUAAAAUAAGCUCCAAGCUUAGCUUCCUAAAACACCGAAGAAGCCUUCGGUGAGCUUCAUUUUGAUGGCUUAUAUUAAAAAUUGAUCGAUAUCGGUUAGUUUAUCUUCUUGCUCCAAUGAAUCAGAUAGCUAUUGAUCGGAGAAGUUUUUGAGGUUUGGUUGUAACUAUUACAAGCAAAUUAAUCAAUCAAGCUAGAAAGAACGUGGAAUGAUAGAGAUUUACGAGGUUCAGCAAUUUUGCCUACUCAAUAAUGAAGGUUCUCAUAACUAGAUUUAUUAACUUCAUUUUUUUCCUCGGCAUUCUUGUAGAUAAACAAUAUCAUGGUAACAUCUACGAACAGUUAGAUUGAAACAUUGAUUUAUUUAUUUAUUUAUUUAUUUAUUUUUCACAACAACAUUACCUUUGGAAUCCGGAGGCAUGACUGAAGGUCAUUUUUAUGAAGGUUGUGAAUCUGUUUUGUUUUGAAAAUAUGAAAUUACAUCUCUAUUUUUCGAAAAUAUGAAAUU